UUCGUCGGGUUCGGGAACAAACAGGGCUUCGAGGACGCCCAAAACGUAACCAAUCAUAAAAUCGACGGGCAUAACAUAAAAGUGUCGCCGGCCAACCAGGAAACUGAUAACCACCAUUAAACCGUCUCACAUAGCAUAACAUGUCUGUAGUAAGUAGUGAUGAUUAUAGUGACUUAAGGGAGCUGGGGAUUGGCGUAAGUGACCCUCUGACAAACGAAUUCGAACAGGCGGCAAAACAUGUGCAAAGCAUCGCCGGUAAGCUGGACAAUAAAGACCUUUUAACGCUUUAUGGAUUGUACAAACAAGCAAUUGAAGGGGUGUGUAACACUUCGAAACCCAGUUGGUAUGAUGCCAAAGGCAAAGCAAAAUGGGAGGCAUGGAACAGUUUGGGGAACUUAAACCAAGCUGAGGCAAAACAACAAUAUGUUGAACAAGUAAAACUGCUUAGCCCAGACUUUGUUUGUGACCAAACAACAACCACCAGUAAAGCAGAUUCUUGGGCAAAAGUGUCUUCGUUUGCCCCCAUGCCACAACCACUAACCCAAAACAUUUGUGACUAUAUUCGUGAAGGGAAUUUGGAGCAAGUUACUGAAUAUUUAGCAAGCAACAAAUCCAACAUAAACUCUCUGGACUGUAGUGGCAUGGGACUGAUUCACUAUGCAGCCGAUAUAGGAGACUUAAGCAUAUUAAGUCUUCUAAUAAAAAAGGGUUGUGAUGUUGAUUUAAAAGAUUCAGGAGGUCAAACUGCUUUGCAUUAUGCAGCUGCCUGUGGACAUGUCGAGUGUGUUAAAUAUUUAGUUAAAAAUGGGGCGCAGACAAGUAUAGAGGAUUCGGAUGGGUGUACACCAAAGGAUGUGGCUUGUGAUGAUUGUAUAAGGGAUGCUUUGUAAAGAUUUUCAAUGUUUUUUGAAAUAUAAAGUUUGUUUAGUUAA